CGAAUAAAAUAUAGCAAAAAACGGCUCUAUAAUUCCGCCCAAAUCAAAUGAGGAAUCGACGGCAGGUGCCUACUAGCGACGACGACGACGACGCCGCACUGCCGCCUCGCCGAUCGGAUGGCGAUAUUCGGAAGCGAAAGAAGUUUCACCUCCCUUUUGACGAGGAGGAGGAGGAGGAGGAAAUUGAGGAGGCCAGGAUGAGAGAGCAGUACAAGAAAAAGAAGAAGAAGAGUAGCGACAUGCCCGAGCCGGAGCCCUCCAGUGAGACCGAGGAGCAGGAGGAACUCGAGGCGGUACCGGUGGGAGAGCCGAUUAGGUCCUCCGGCAAAGGGAGAGGGAGGCGGACUCACUUCGACUCCUUUGAGUACGAUGGUUUUCAGUAUCAGCUCGAGGAUCCGGUGCUUUUGGUCCCUGAGAAAGGAAAUCAGAAGCCUUACGUUGCCAUUAUAAAGGAUAUUGCUCAAAAACAGGAUGGAAGGAGUAUGAUGGUAACAGGGCAGUGGUUCUAUCGUCCAGAGGAGGCUGAAAAAAAAACUGGUGGAAAUUGGCAAUCACGAGAUACUAGGGAACUGUUCUAUAGCUUCCACAGAGAUGAAGUGCCUGCAGAAUCUGUCAUGCAUAAAUGUGUUGUGCAUUUCAUACCUCGAAAUAAGCGAAUCCCUGACCGCAAAGAACACCCUGGUUUCAUUGUGCAAAAGGUAUACGACACUGAACAGAGGAAGCUUUUUAAGUUAACUGAUAAAGACUAUGAAGAUAACAAGCAACAUGAGAUCGACCUCCUUGUUCAAAAAACUUAUGCACGACUUGGAGAAAUACCUGACAUUGAGCCUGAUGAUGCUAAUAUGGAUCAAGAGGACCAAACUAAGAAUAAGCGUCUUUUAAGGAAGAAGAAUGUUUCACCGUUGGAUGUUUCCAGGGAAGAUGAAGGCAACAAAUCAUUUUCUCUCAAAGCAGAAACUCCUGGAAGUACCCCUGCUGGUGCAACAGAAUAUUACACCAUUCUGUUAGAACUUAAGAUGUUGACUGGGGAAGCACAGCGUAAUAGGUGGCUGGAAAAACUUCUUCAGUCAAUUCAGUUCAUGUGCACUCCAGCGGACUGUAAGCAGAAUAAUGAGGAACAAGGUGGGAUAAAAAAUGGUGCCCCAGAUCAGAGCAAUGAAUUCCCGAAUAAGGGUGAUGUAUUGUUUGACUGGCCUGAUGCUGCUGUUGCGUCUGUGGUUGCUCUUGAGAAAGCGGCACAUGAAGCACUCUGUGCAGAUUUUCAGAAGUAUAACCAAAAGAUGCGUCAAUUAGCAUUCAAUCUUAAGAAUGCUGUACUGGCACGACGUCUUCUGAACAAGGAGUUGGAACCUGCACAAAUACUUAAUAUGUCACCUAAUGAGUUAAAGGAGGGGUUAACUGCAGAGGAAAUAGCUAAGAGAGAGCCAGAGGAAACAGGGCGCAUACAGAUGACGGAUGCUACUUGUACAAGAUGCUCAGCGAAACAAGUGGGCUUGACAGAUAUUAUUCAGACUGGGCAUGGUGACCGCUAUCAGUUGGAAUGCAUUUCCUGUGGUAACUCUUGGUAUGCUUCGAGAGACGAUGCCGCCACACUGACCAUAGAAGGGCCUAGUUCUGGCAAGACUGUUGCUGGUACUGCACCAUUGGCUACUGCCAAGUUUGAAGGUAUCGAGAAAACUUUGGUUAGUCCGCGUGGAGCUGAGGAAGGAGCAAGUGAUGCGUCGAAGAAAACCACAGAAGCAGUCGUUCCAGUGUUGGAAAAGCAGCAAUCUUUCAACAAAACCCGGGUGGAGGAAAGACCGGCAACCAACACGGCCAAGUAAAUGUAUGUUGUCGUACAUCCUCUAGUCGCUAGUGUUUUGACCGACAUGGUUUUUGUAUAUGGUCUAGUUGCACGUAUAUAUAUUUAUAACGUAGUGUUGUAGUACCUAUAUUAACUGCUGAUAACUUAGUAAUCUAGAUGAAGAAAACGGUAGAGAAGACUGUGAGGUCACAAGCUAACACUUAACCUGAUUUUUACACUUUCAUAUGCUAUCAUAUUUCAGACUGUUUUCUUA